UCCUGUCCUGCAUCCGAGGCCUGACGGGUUGUUGCACUUCCUGAUCCUUAAACGACGCUUCACCUCAGCACUGGAUGUUGCCGAUCGCCGCGCUGUUUGUUAUGUUAACUUUUAAAAAUGCUUCGGCGGUCUUAAUGUGGUGUUAUGUGUCAAGUGCGCUUCAUGGAGUGCUGCUUGCAAGCUAAACUGACUGCUUGAUUGUGGUGGUGCACCGUAGCCUGCGUGUGUCGAGCAAUCCGAAACGAUGCCUUAUUGCUUGCACGGUGCGGCGGCUCGUAUUCGGAACAAAUUGCUAACUGUCUUUCACAGUGUGACAGCAGAUGAAGGCAUCAUGGUUUGUUAAAGACUGAUGUCAUCAUGCCUUCGAAGCUGCAGCUGGAUAAAAUAGCGUGGCAGUGGACCGAAACAGUGGAACCGGCCAAUGUCAAACAGGAGCACAUCGAAGCUGCCUACCGGGUUAGAUGUAGUUCUUGUUCGGCCAAUGCAUGCAGGCGAAACUGUUCGGGAAAUCCCCGUUGCUUGUCGGGCCUUGGAGAACGAAAUUGGUUGCAAGAGCUAAAGGACAGUGCCUGGCAUGAUGUGGGGGACCCUCAUGCGGAGAGGAGACCUGAGGGAGGUUUUGUCGGCCUCAAGAACCUUGGUGCAACCUGCUACCUGAACAGCUUCCUCCAGGUGCUGUACCAUAAUCCUGCAUUUCGACAUUCGCUGUACCAGUGGGAUCCUCAGGACGAUCCACAGGAGUGUGUCAAGCUAACAAGUUCAAAUGAAAAAAAAGAGCUUACCACUCCCAGUGCCACUGGUCCCUGUGCGACGUACAGGCCGUCGUCUGUCACUGGACAUCUGCAGCUCUUAUUUGCACAGCUUCAGUUCAGUAAAAGAAGGUACAUAGACCCUGAACCAUUCAUCACCUGUCUUGGCCUGAGCACAACCCAACAGCAGGAUGCGCAAGAAUUCAGCAAGCUGCUGAUGUGCCUCCUGGAAAAGCACUUGUCCUCGCAGCGGCAGCCCUCUGCACGUACCAUUGUACAGGAACAGUAUGCAGGAGAAUAUGACUAUGUCACCAAGUGCCUUGAAUGCAGCACAGAAUCCUUAUGCCCCUCCAAGUUUUAUGAGUUGGACCUCAACAUCAAAGGCCUUAGGCACUUGGAAGAGGCUCUCAAUCAGUUCCUCAGGGAGGAGAAAUUGGAAGGUAGCAACCAGUACAGCUGUGGGGUGUGCGGCGGCAAGCGCAAUGCAGUGCGCUGUAUUCGAUUGCGCCGCCUGCCACCUGUGCUCAAUCUGCAGCUGCUGCGCUUUGGCUUCGACCGGCAGGCUGGCUGCCGCAAGAUCAACACUGCACUGCAAUUCACUGAAACUCUGGACUUCAGUUCCCACCUGCGAAAACCGGCAGGCAGCAUGGUCUACACCUUGAUGGCAGUGCUGAUUCAUCAAGGGUCCAGUGCCAACUCCGGCCACUAUGUGGCCCACAUCAAGGAUCGAACUUCAGGCUCAUGGUACCUUUUCAACGAUGAUGGUGUUUGUAAAAUGCGUGGGCGCCAUCUACAGCUCAACACAGAUGAGGAAAACCCAACACGUCCACAAAGCACUGGCUCAGAUGACGCAAGUGAGCCCAAGAGACUGGCCAAGGGAACCCACGACUCUACGGGGGCAUAUAUGUUGGUCUAUCAAAAAAGUGGUCACACAAAUUCAUACCCAGCCGACCAGGACUCCUUUUGGGCUUUUAUGCUGCCUAAGCUUGUGCAAGAUGCCUUGGACACUGACAAUGCCAUAUUUGAGCAGUGGGUGGCUGAAAUGGAAGCUAUGCGGGCGGACAAGGUGUCUGCUGGCCGAGCUCAACAGAAAGAGGUGCGCUCCCUAUAUGAGCAGCUGCCCGUCAUUGAAGGGGAGCCUGUGGACUGGAUUGCUACCGACUGGCUAAUAAGGUGGCUUGCCCAGGACAAGGAGCCAGUGCCACCGGUGGACAACUUGGCUGUGCUGUGCGCACACUCUCUUUUACACAGGCUGGACCCUCAGCAUGUGGGCAAGGUGAAGUGCAUCAGCAGUCGAGCUGCCGACCUUAUCUAUCAGAAGUAUGGCGGGGGCCCACGGCUAAGGGAAGCACUGUGUGCCAGCUGUGUGGUGCAGCAGUGUCGCUACCUCAGGGCCCACAUGAAGGUACAAGAUGACCAGCGGAACAUUUCCCGACUGCUCAAGUUUAAGCCAAGCAGCACGGAGUCCUCGAUGUGGGUGGGCAAGCAGUCGCUACUUUGGUGGCGCAAGCUGGCCAUGGCACAGGUGGCAUCUCCCUCCCAGGAGACAAACGGCAAUGACACAGGUCCCAUUGAAGAGGACUCCGACACCACACUGCCACCAGUGUCUACUGCCAGCUUCAGCUUCAAUGAGGACAUCUGCUGCCCGCAUGGGGGCCUGAAUCCCAACAAGAACAUUCGGCGUCUGGUGGGCAUGGAUGUGUGGGCUCUGCUCAAGGGCCAUUUCCCCUCGGCACCCGAGUUUCCAGAGUCAGCAGAAGAUUGUCAGAAGUGUCUGGCCCACCAGAUGGAGGACAGUGCAGCUCAAGUGGCACAGAAGCAGCAGGCAGCCCAGGAGCGGCAGCAGUUUGCCGACCUUGUGCAAGAGCGCAACCGGCCUGAUCUCAACGAAAGCCCCGCCCGUCUGGUUGCACGCCACUUUCUCAGCCAAUGGAAGCUCUUCCUCAGGUAUCCCUUGGCAAAGGAGCGGCCCACGAACAUAGCCAAUACUGAGCUGCUUUGUCCACAUGGCCUUCUUUUGCACCUGCCCCAAGAUGAAGACAGAGCGGUUGCCAUCUGGCCACAGGAGUGGGAAUCGCUUGUUAGCCUUUUCCCAGCUGAUUUGUGCAUUACUGUGUCACCAGGACCAGGAGAAGGCAAGCUGAUUACUGAACCAGCUCUUCUCUUUUCAGUGCAAGCAAGAAGUGUACGGAGUUGUGGGUCAGACAAUAAUACACUGUAAAUUAGCUACAGAACCAUUGUAAUGACCACAGUUGGCAACUUCAGGCCUCUCUACGAUACAGUGAGGCAAUGGUUCGUAGUAGUUUAGGAUAAGGACAGGGGCACUUCUUAUAAAUUUUAUAGCGAUGAAACGCAUUCGUUAAUCAGACCACUUUAUCUGCUUGAAACCAUUGGUGUGCCUGCUUAUAUUAUUGCCCUUGAGAAUCGCAUAUCUUGGGACCCAAACUCGCUCAAUCAGAAUGGCCAACUGCACGCGUGCGGAUGUGCAGAUAACCAUGCAAUUGUGCGAGUUUGGGGCCUUUCACUGUGUUUCUUGGCCUACGUAUUUUCUUUGUGUUAAAUUGUCCAUAAAUUCAUUAGCUGGUACUAUAAUGAAAAAAAAAUAUGCUCUACCUCCGGGUGGAGUAAUAAUAAAGCAUGACCAACCAGAGAAGUGCAUAUCUGACAGUUCUCUUGAAUUUUCUGUGAAGUUUACGGAUUCUGGCUCAUUCAACAUUUACUAAUGUUUUGCCAUGUAUUACAAAAAAACUAAUUGUGUUCAUGAAAAUGUUUCCUUUCUCAAUCUAUGGCCAUAACCCUGAAAGUCUUCUAAUUGUAAAAAGGGCAUUCAAGAGUUACUUGCUUAGAGCUAGUUUAUUCAGGGAAGUUCCUGAAGCUAGUAAAAUCCGCAACAAUAAUGUCACUGAAAAAGUCAUGGUGAUCUAAAAACAGUGUGUUGCGUGUCAUUUGGUGCUGUUCCAAUUUCGUGGCUGCUUAUAUGCUGCAUCCACAGUUAAAUCAUCACCAAUAAUCAUCCUACAAAAUGUGUGUGCUUAGGGCAAUCCUAAAUAAAUAUAUGUGUUUAUUUCCGUGCUUUCUGCAAAGGAAUUAGGAAAGAUCAAUCCUCACUAAUGCUGUGCGAUCACCUACUGAUGUACAAGUUAGAACAGCAAGAUUAAGAUUGUAACUAUGUUUGUUCUGCAUGAAGGCUACAACUUAAAGCGAAAUUUAAAUUUCAUAGUUUCUCCACACACCUUGCUUCAGAAACAAGAUUGCUUACCAUGCACAGCAAAUUGGAAUGAAGGCGUGUGUGCAUGAGCCAUCCAAUUGUCCCUGCUAGGCUCCAGCCCUUCUUGCUUGUUCCUUACUCGCUCUUAUAGAGUGAUGUUGACUAUCUUAAGCAGGGCAGCGCAAAGUAACACCAUGGCUUGGACACGUGGCAAAUUCUGCUCGCAGAAUUGCGCAUUGGGAUCUAUGCUGAGAACAGAGAAGAGAGAGGGAAUUGUGGCCGCUCCAGCGCAUAGAGAGACAAAAGAAGAAAAGGCUGGAAAGUUAACUAGGAGGAUGUCCAGUUGGCCACUUUCCACAGUGGAAAGGGGAUUCAAAGAAAGAAGAAAACCGCAAAAGGCUCUGCAUUGUUGUUUGCAUUGCGCAAACCACUAAGUAGUUAGUAGCUCAUAUGUGCGGUUACCGAAAAGCUCCCAAAGCAUAGAUACAAAACAAAGAAAGUUGACUGCACCAUUACAAAGGAUGUCAAAGUGUAGUCAAAUGUCUUGAACAUCAUUUCUUAUGGAUCAUGCACUCUACUUUGAGUCUCAAUAUGAGCCACAAUUCAAUCCAAGUUUAUUUGCAUCUAUACAUGCCACGUACAUGUUAUUCCACAGAUGCAGUGGAUCAAGCUAGUUCUAAUGAUAGCCAUUAUGGUAUUUUCUGUACCUGAAAUACAAUGUUGAAUGCAACCAAGGUAACUCGCACUGCAGUGCUUGGUAUACUGAUGUGUGUCAUACAACAAAACUGGCAGUGAUGCUUUGUGAGGUAGAACACUUAUUUAUUUAUUUAUUUAUUUAUUUAUUUAUUUAUUUAUUUAUUUAUUUAUUUAUUUAUUUAUUUAUAGUACCCUCAGUACUUACAUGAAGCAUUACAGAGGGGAGGGACAAAUAGAUGAAGGUAGCUAUACAAAAGGAAAGGAAAGUGCAAUAAUCAGAUAACAGUGCACACUACAAUGUGAAAAUAAUGCAAGUUAGUGUGACGCAAUAACCAUAUCACCAUAACAAAGAUAAUUAUACAAAGAGAAAAAAGAAAAUGGAAAACAUGGGUAAUACAGAUGAAAUAUGAAUGCAUGAUACAUGUAUACGUAGAGAAAAUUAGAGCAAGACGAUAAGCAUAUAUUGGUUGAAAAUAAAGCAUAAUGCAAAGUAUACUCUUUGUAGAUUAGGUAGCAUAAUGGAAAUAGCUUAUACAUAGCACUGGUCAGAAGAAAACAGAGCUGCUUCACUAUAUAUUCAAAUCAAAAUAUACUAGAUAAUGUUAGUAAGUGUUUUACGGAAGUCAUCGGUGUUAGUAAGACAGACUGGUGGAUCUGGUAGGCGAUUCCAUUCAUGCCAUGUCUCUGGAUGAAACGAGUUACCAUAGGUAGAUUUUCUGUGGGAUGGGAUGUUCACUUUAUGAAUAUGGUCCAAGCAUGCAGGAGUAAAAGAGGCUGGUUCGAUAUAGUGUGACUUGAGUGUGGGAAUUGAAUGGUAUAUAUUAUGGAACAAACAAGGGCGAGCAAUUCUUCUGCAUUUGGUAAGGGGAUAUAUAUGUUGAGGGAAGUUUGACAUUACAGUUAAACCUUGAAAUAGCGAACUUUAAUAUAACAAAAUUCUCGAUAUAAUGAAGUAUUUAACUUCUCAUAAUCCCUUGUCCAUAGAACACCAUGUAUUUAGACCCUCAGUAUAACGAAGUGUUUGUAUGCGAUUUCAAUAUGAAAUUUCACUGCUGCUGCAAAGGAAUGCUGAGACAAUAAAUGGAAACUUCCGCGCACGCAGAUGGUCAAAUGAUUGAAUUGCAAGCGGCUGCUUGCAAACGCACCUUUCAAAUCGCAUUCCAUGCGACAAGAGCUACCGCCGAAGCCACCAUUCUUUUGGGCUCACUCGCGAGCUUUCCCUCACAUCCACGGCGCACGGGGCGGGAUACAAUCUUAUCACACUAGGACUUUGUGGAACAUCAUGGCGACAGUGGGAAAUUGCCUUUAUUCUCCUUAAAGAAUAAAGAGUAAGGGUCAGUCAAGUAAUCUGUAUUUUUUUUUUCUAACACUGCUGUUGCUGUUGCUUUCUGAAACAAGGUGAAAGCCUUUGUCAAGCCUUAAUCGCUUUUUGCUCUCACCUUGCAGCGUCCCUGUUGUGACUGAUUGCAUGUCUCCUUUGAUGUUGGAAUAAAGUGAUUGAAGUGUCGAUGGUAAAGAGAACAAGGUGGACAUAAUGGUUCAAGUGAUUCAAUGAUUAAAUGUUGGCUUUAUCUCUGU